CGAGACUCCCGCGGGCAACGGCGCGAGAGAGCCUGGGUGGGUACCAGGUGCCCCACGUCUGCGAGAUCACGACCACACUCUCCGAGCUCAGUCACGCUUCCAUAUCUCCGCAUGGCACGCGGGUGACAACACCAUGAGCACCAUCGAGGCGCUGUUCAUCUUUGAUGAGAACAACACGCCGCUCCUCGAGCAUGUCUACGCCGGCCGCCCGGCGUCGGGCAGCACGCUGCUGCCGCUGUACCUCGCGCACCCGACCCCGCGGCCGUCGCUGAUGUACCUGCCGUCCACCAACCCCGCCAUGCUGCUGUACUCGGUCGUCCAGGACCAGCUGCUGUUCCUGGCCCCGUGCGCCGCCGACAACGAGCCGCUGCAGGUGCUCGAGUUCCUGCACCGCGUCGCCGACGUGCUGGAGGACUUCCUGGGCGCCCCGCUGCUCGCGUCCAAGAUCGAGAGCAACUACGAUGUCGUCGCCCAGCUGCUGAACGAGAUGGUCGACGGCGGCAUCAUCAGCUGCACCGAGCCAAACGCCCUGCGCGACCUCGUCGACGCCCCGUCGCUGAUGAAGAGCCUGCUGGGGAAUGUCGGCCUGCCCAGCACCACACCCAGCUCGCUGGCCUCGGCGGGCGCGCCCUUCUCGCUGGGCAGAGGCGGGCCCAGUCCGCGUCUGGGGCCGUCGAACUCGGCGCAGAGCACGUCGCCCGUGCCGUGGCGGCGCGCAAACGUGCGCCACACCAGCAACGAGAUGUACGUUGACAUCGUGGAGACGCUGUCCGUCACGCUCUCGCCGUCCGGCCGCCCGCUCGCCGCCCUCGCCAACGGCACCAUCGCCUUCACCGCCAAGGUCUCCGGCAUCCCGGACCUCAACCUGCUCCUGGGCUGCCCGGGCGGCAUCGCAAACGCCAUCUCGCUGCCCGUGUUCCACCCCUGCGUGCGCCUGAACCGCUGGAAAGAGCGCCCGGGCGACCUCUCCUUCGUGCCGCCCGACGGCCGCUUCGUCCUCGCCGGCUACGAAGUCGACCUGCUGGGCCCCGCCGCGCUCGACGCCCUGACCCCGUCCGCGCCCGCCACGCCCCUCAACAUCCCCGCCACAGCCUCCGUAGCCACCUCCCUCGGCCCCGCCGCCGCAGACUUCGAGGUCCGCCUCGCCCUCAACCCGCGCUUCUCCAAGCCCCCCGCCCCGUCGCGCGCCCGCCCCGCCGCAAACACAGGCACCUCGGCCGCCCCCGCGCUUGAUGACCUCGAGCUCAGAAUCCCCCUGCCCCCCGCCGUCGCCAAUGUGACGGCCCUCCGCGUCCCCCGCGGCGCCGGCGACGUCACCUACGCCCCCGGCGCGUCGCACAUCGCAUGGCGCCUGUCCGCGCGCGACGUCGCCCACCUCAUGGCGCAGGACCGCGGGACAGGCUGCGCAGCCGUGCUGUCGGGCACCGUCGUCGGCGCCACAGAGGAAGGCGCCGCAUACGACGACGCGCUGGGGCCCGCGCCGUACGCGUACGACGACGACGGCCCCUCGUCUUCCAAGCCCGCGCACCGCGGCGACAGCGGCAACAGCAACGCCGGAGAUCCAGCCAAAGCCGACGCCGCGCGCCGCGCCGCCAUGCGACAUCUCAUGCCUUCCGCCGCGUCGCUGAGUUUCAGCGUCAAGGGCUGGCUGGCGAGCGGCAUCCGCGUCGAGAGUCUGAGCGUCGAUGCGAAGAAGAGCCAGGGGCUGGGGGGCGGGGUGACGCCGUACAAGGGGGUCAAGUAUCUGUGUGUUAGUCGGGGGGGUGUGGAGUGUAGGUGUUGAGUGCAGAUGUUUUGGAUGCUAGCGGUUGUAGUGGGGGGACGCGAGACGAUGGUGUGAGGUGUGUGAGUGUGGCCUCGAGGCCUGCAUUGGGGGGGAGAUAGACGGCCUAAGAUAAUCGUCACAUAUAUAUACACGGAAUUCUGUAGUGUAUACAUCUGUGCCUCCUGUUUUACUACGUGCACGCAAAGUCAUAGACACAUUCUAAGGGCCUCUAUUAAGGAGGAAAUAGACAGCCUAAAACAAUCCCCA